GGGUGUGGGAGUGUCGGUGUCAGUGGUAUUGGUAUCGGAGCAGCGGGAGUGGUAUCGACGUCAGCGGUUGUGGUCCCAGUGCCAUUGGAAGUGGUACCGGUGUUAGUGGUUGUGGACUCGAUGCCAGUGAGAGUGGUAUCGGUAUUAGUCACGCUGAUAUUGGUGUCCAUGCCUGUGGUAUCGGUGUGAAUAAGUGUGGGAACUGUGUCCCUCUCGAGCUUCGGCGAUUGGCUGGGAAGGGACGAUAAGGCUAAUUGGGGUGUCGUCGUCUGGAGGUUUUAUAGAGCGCAGUUGAUCCUCGUCCCGUGGGGAGCGCGUGGUGGAAGCAGACCGUGAUCGAUGACCGAGAGAUAUGGAGUUUCGAGAAGUAUUUGAGAAGUAUUCUGGGCGUUCAAGGGGAAAAGCCCUCGAUGUACAAAAAGAUCUUGCCAACGAGUGAAAGUGUGAGAGCGAAAGAGAAUGGCGAAGGAAGGGAGAAGCGUUCCCAUUUUUCUCAAGGCCCACGAAAUAGAGAGGACGUUGACUGAGGCUGGACCAACAUAUGUAACAACGCGUGAUCGAGGGGGAUUCCACAGACACUUGUACCACGGAGUGCCUGCAUGACAGCGCUACAGGUGUCCCAGGCGCAUGAUACUAUUUUUGGAGUUUGACAGCGGACUGAUGAUACGUGAUUAGUUUUGUACCUUAUAUUUAUGAAGCAAAGUAUGGUCACUGGAAGGAUAGGCGGAAAAGAAGUCAAUGCAGUGAAUAUGCGCUGACCACGCCACAUGAUUUUUGGAGUAUUCACAUCAACCCAACAAAGCUUUCCAAGUGAAGACGUCUGCCGAGGGAGCCGAAGUAGCAUGCAACCUCGGUCAGAUGUUGCUCUCGCGCCCCGUGACAUGCCCCCAGCGGAAGGCCCGGCCACUUCCCACGGCUCAGGCUCCGCGCCCCUACAAGUCCUCUUUCUUCCAAAUCUUCUUGGACCUGAAGCUUCCCUCCAUGCCCCUGCCAUCGCGCCUCCUGCCCCUCGCCCUCCCCUCGCUCCCCGAGUCGCUCUCGUCCCUCCUCCUCAAGGUCAAGCAGCUGGGUCGUGUCUCGAGGACCGAAAAGGGGUCUUCGCUCCUCCCGUCGCUCUCGUGCGUUGCCAAGGACCCUCGCUCGCUCGCGCCCUCCCCCCUCCCCCCGGCAGAUGCCACUCCCUGCUGCUCUUGCUCCUCGUGCCGCCGUUGCUGCUCCUGCUGUUACUGCCGAGAUCCGAAGGCGCAAAGGACCUCCGACGCUCGCUGGUUCACCUGGCUCCUCAGCAGCAGCGUCGCUUCGGCAGCGGAGGGAGGCGUCGCAGGCGGCAGCGGCGGCGGCGGGUCGGGCCACGCCAAGAGCUGCGGCAGGUGCGGCGGCGGCUUCUCCAUCUUCUUCAACAAGCGGGUGAGGUGCGGCGGCUGCGACUUGGCCGUGUGCCGCAAGUGCGCGCCCUGGAGUGCCGCAGACAAGGCCUACGUGUGCGGCGUCUGCUCGCAGCCCGCGCCGCCCACGCAGACCCAGCCCGAGUCCCCCAACACACAGGCUGACGCAGCCCAGCUCAAGGAAGUCGAGGAGAACGUGAGGGCGCACAUCGAGGCCCUUGUCGAGGGUCAGGUCGGGGGUCCGCUCGACCAGGUCAACGCCGUCCCCAAUUUGACCCAUUCCAAAGCGAGAGACCUGUUCACACGCCACCACGGAGCCCUCAGUCGGGAUAUCACAGCGCUCAAGUAUUCGCUGCAAAUGUCCAUAUUGAACCGCCCACUGCCCCCAGAGGACCUGCCCACUUCCAGACACGCCCACCUCUCCGAGCGCAUCAAAUCGGUGAAGGAAGCCAUGAUUUUGCCAGUGCAGAAUGAGGCUUAUGACCCGGCAGCCUCACCUGAAACGCCGGUUGAGGAUUUCAACUCUCACACAUAUGAGGAUAUCUUAGCAACGGCCAUCCUCAAUAAGGUGCUUGAAUCAUGUGAAGGCGAGAGGCCAGACGAGGUCACCAUAGAGGUCAGCCAUGAGGUUACCAGCACAGACACGGAUAGCGGGAUGUCAGGCGGGGCGAAGGAGAGCCGAAGAGGGCGGCUCAAGAGAGGAGAGCUGAGCGAGGGCGGGUCAGAGGGCAGCGAGGAGAGGUCACUCACCCCCCCUCGGAGGUCGUCGCGGCGCCCCCCUCCCGUCAGUCCGGACCAGGGCGUGGUGACGGACGACUCCUGGGCCCAAGCAGCUGCCGGGGACGGGCCGCCCUUGCAGUUUAAGAUCGAGGAACACGUCGAGGAGAUCACGACCCACCACCUGACGGACGACGACCACGACCUGGACGACCUCGACGACGAAGAAGUGAGCGACUCGGGCGGGUCGUGGCGGGGUUCCCGGUGUUCGCUGGACGACUCGCGGGAGAGGCGGCGGCGGGAGAAGGUGACCCGCACCGCCACCGUGGCCGAAGACGCCCUCCUGCCGUCGCUGAACAUCCCGCUGCCGGACCCGUCGCACCUCGCCUCCCGCAGAGUGUCCUUCCCAGAGCUCGGCGCCGACAUCGUGCACGAUUCCUGCUCGGACACGGACUGCUGCCAGGUGGAGCCCGGCGACAUGGUGAUGGACAACGACACUUGGGAGGAGAACUGGCUCUUCAGGCGCCAGCGACUGGUGCCUGGAGGAGGCGCAGCAGGAGGAGGCUUGGCGGCCAUUCACGACGCCGUUACGAUGCUCAUCCCCAACCCCGAGGCUCAUGUGCUGCCCACGGUCGGGAACAGGGACGUCGACGAGCUCUCCGAGUUGUCCGAGCAGCACUCCCUGGGGUCCGGAGAGCCCUGGAGUACGAGCGAGAGCGAGGGCGAGGGCGAGGGCGAGGACAGCUUCCUCCAGCAGCAGGCGUCGAAGGAACUAUGCGCUCUGGCAGGAGAGAUCGUCGCCGAGUUCGGGCAGAAGGACCAGGAAUACACCGUCGACUACAGCGUCCCCAGCCGCGUCUCCAGGAGCUUGGGGGGCGUGACGUCACCUCCCCACGCCCCUUCGCACCGCCUUCUCCCCGGCGAUUCCCCCACACGGGCGUCGCACCCUCAGUAUGUGGACAGGGGUCGCAGGGAAGAUCCGAGGGGCUUCGGCCAAGGGGAUCUCGAGGACGUCGAGAGAGACGCUAGGAGGUAUGCCACGCCCAGGAGUGACAGUGACGGACGCUGUGACGCGGAGAGACCGGUGCCAAAACCGAGAAAACUAUCUCUGGCCCCUCCAUCCCCAGCCAAGCACUCAGCCAAGUCCCCGGCGCAAUAUCUCCCUUCCCCCUCAGAGGACUUGAGUAUCUUAAGUCCCCCCCUUGAAGUUCCUAGCCCCAAAGUGGCCCUGCCCUCCAGUGACACCGUGUGGUUCGUGGCUGGCCCCGAGGACAGCACGGUGACUCACGGCCGCACGCUCAGGCUCGUUUGUCAGGUCAACACGAAGAGACCGAUGGGUCUCAGCUGGUACCACAACGGAGCCCUUAUUCCCUCUGGCGGUCGAGAUCACUGGCAGUGGCGACAGGGCUCCUACCACCACCUUCACGUGUUCGCCACCACGCACGACACUGCCGGGGUGUAUGCUGCUGCUGCCUACACUGCCAACGCCUGCGUCUGGGCCUUCUGCAGGGUGCACCACAAGUCCUCGUCUCGGCCUCAGAAGCGACCCUCGUUCACCAAGGGCCUGUCUGACGUGGUCGCUGAAGAAGGGAGCGAGGUGACCCUUCAGUGCCAGGUCACAGGUCAUCCCGAACCCCGCGUGACCUUUUCGCGAGGGUCAGAGAGACUUGUAGCCUCAUCGAAGGUCUUUAUUGAGAGUGACCAAUACGGCACAUGGACAGUGAAGUUGUCCGAAUGUGCGCAACACGACAGCGGGGAGAUCGUAGCCAGUGCCAGCAAUUUCAUGGGCACAGUUACAUCCCGGUGCCACGUCAGAAUAGUGCCGGAGGGAACGCCCAUACCCAGGGACGAAAUGGAUUCUCGUCGAUCUAUCCCGUCUUCGUCAAAGGCCGACCACCCCAGCGCCCCGGGCAGAAGGCACGCUUCCCACAAGGCCAGGUCCUCAGGCCAGGCCGCGACCAACAAGCACUCAGCACCAGCUUCAGCAAACACGUCGCCCCACCGAGUCCCGCAGGAUCCGCUGACCACCUCCUCGGGCGUGACCACAGACGCAGACGACCUGGACGAGAUCCUGCAGGUGCCCACGAAACCAGGUAGACGCCUUAAGACGCGUGGAUCCGCGUGUCCGAGUGCAGUAGACACACAGCAUGAUUCCAGGGCUGACGCCACCUCAGCAGAGCGGGACAGGCGAGAACUCGUUAGUCUGGCUUUGGCGAGGCUUGACAGUGAAGAUGAUCAUGACGAGGAUGAGGAUAGUGAUGAUGGUGUUUCCGGUCGGGGGGUGCAUGGCAGGAGUGUGACUCUGGGUCCUCUAGGUUCUUCCAGGACGAUGGUUGAGGGUGAGGGUGGGUGCGGUAGGGAGGAUAACGGUGGCGGUGCUGAGGAAACAGAAUUUCUCCCUAAGGGUCUCUCCGCUAGCCAGGAGCCUUCCUCCCCGCUGUGCCAGGAGGCUCGCAACGCCGCCUUCACUGAGCUAGAAUCCUCGCUAGUCUCCCCUCAAGGCACUCUUACUCUCGACCUUGACUAUUGCCCUUCAAGCCAUGACGACGAUUCCUCCUCUUCCUCCUCUUCAGAUGAGGACGUCCCAACCCUUCCUAGGAACCCCCCACCGCUAGGUCCAUCCCCUUCCUCCCCCUCUAAAGCUAACUCCCCCAGCUCUCCGCUAGGCUCCCACGCUCCCCCUCGCUCUAGCGCCUCGUCUCAUGCCUCUGGUGCUCCCUCACAACACCUCCGGGAGCAUGAGGACGAUCCCUUGGCUGAACACGAGGCUGAGGCCGUCACCACGUCGACACCCCAGCCAGGAACGAUAGCCGAGCGCGAGCACCGGAAGUGGGAGGCGGCGAUCCCCCUGGCCAACAACCCUUACGCUCCCGAGAGACUAGUGCAGCGCCUCUCGCACUCAAGGUCCUCCUCCACCACACACAUCCCGAGGGCUCUUAGAGUCGACUUCCCCGAGGACUCGCCGAAGGACCUGGACCCGAGCCUCCGCGCCGGCGUGCCCCCGCAGGCCGACCUCAAGCGGUACAGCCGCGACUACUACGUGGCGGCGCCGGCGGGCGGCUCCGGCUGGCAGAGGGGUCCCCAAGCGCAGCACGUCUCGCAGCAACCCCAGCCGCGGGCCUUCCAACCCCAGCUGGCCAACGGACACCACGUCUCCACCUCACGGUCGACGUCGGACCUCGUGAGCUCCCAGGUACACAUUCGGCUGACGACGGGCGUGAGCGAGAGCGCGGGCGACCUGAAGAAGGCGUAUCCUGGAGGAGCGACUGAGGAUCUGCUGCAGGAGGAGGAGGAGGACUCCAGCCAAUCGCAGGAGGGCGGGGCGAUCCGGGCUUCCAGACGCACUGAUUGGAAAGAUGAGCUCAGAGAUAUUCAGGCUGCCCGUGUUGAGCGCGAGGUAGCAAGGUUCCAGCGGACGAUCGACGAGACACAGCGGCGCUGGGAGGAGAACUACGCGCGCGCCGCACCCCGCUCCGUGCCCGCGACCGGUCACUCCGAUAGCUCGACGGAGGGACUUCACAACCCGCGACCUGCUGCCUACCUGGUGCCUCCUCGGCAUGAUCUGUGGCGGACAGUGAGCGUGGACACCCUCGGCGAGCCGGCGAGAGACAGGACGACGCUGCAGCCUCUCCUGCGCCACACCAGCGUCGACAACCUCAGGCCCUCGACGAAGGUGUCCAACCUGAACCCGCUCGGCCCCAACCCCCGGCAGAAUAGUAUGAACACAGUGAGUAGCCUGAGUAAUAUCAACCUGAGCAAUAACUGCGGCGGGAACAAGGCGGCGACGAGCUACCAGUCCCAUCCAGCGCACGGGCAGUCGGUCGAGAGCAUGAGCGGCUACAGCGACGGGGAGAGCCAUGGCGACGGCAACGACAGCGACGUGUCCACGAGCACGCCCGACAAGGUCCCCGUGCUGCCGUCGGUCAGGAAGUUGGCCUCGAAGUUCGACGUCGCGAGCAAAGAGAGGGUCAAUGACUUAGAUAAACAUGGGAAAGAUGGUUCUCUUGCAUUUAAUGGAAAGAAGAACAUCUUCAUUGAGAAAUCCUCCCCAACUGACCCGCCGUACAUCCGGAACCUCACCAACAACCUCAACAAGAGAACCGAGAAGACCUAUAACGUUAAGGAGGUGCAUAGCCUAACGGCGCGCUGCGUUCCCCGGCGAUUCCGCGAGGGCUUGAAGGAGCACCCUGCGAACGGCCACGUGACCUCGAAGACGCAGCCCAACCACACGUGUCCUUCUCCCAGACGCGACGCCCCUUCGCCUGAACACCUGGGCAUCCCGUGGGGUCCUGCAGCCAUCCCGGUCAGGCCCACGCAGGUGCACGGGGACACGAGCGACGACUCGUCUGCGCCCCCAGGUUCCCCGAGGCGCGUUCCCCGUCGGAGAAGCGGAGGACGUCGAGACACCCCAGGCUGGUACGCGAGACCCGAGUGCGGUUCCCUGACAGAUCCUGCGGUUCCAUUUGCUACUGACAGUGUUUGCUAAACUGGGACGAUUUCUUCUUAAAUGACUGUGCAGAUUAUAUACGUAUACCUAUAUAUUUUACAAAAAAAAACAACACACUUUUCAUCUGUCCUUAAAAUGAAUAAAAACACACCACAAUAAAAAAAAUAACCUCAAUAUUCAAAGUUCUUGAUAAAGAAAGGCAUUCUUUAUUCUCAUAGAACUGCUUUUAUAAAUGAAGAUUCAUGAGAAAUCCUCAUGAUUUGACAUAAAGCGACCUCUCCCACUGCCUCUGUGAAACACGACAACUCGACGUCCCCAUGAGAGGUCCAGCCCAAGUGAUGUGCAAUUAUAUGCUGCCAUAGCCAUACAUAUCACCUUCACAUUCAUGAAAGAACUGUAACCAAAAAAGAUGUCAACUGCCGUUUUAUAAAACAAAAGUGGAUCAUAAGGCCAUUUACAUUUGAAACAUGAAUAACACAAAAAUGUAAUACAAUGCAACCAGUCAAAUCAGUAACGUGGUCGACAAUAAAUGAUGAUUACUAUGUCAGUAUUUUAGAAUAUGAGACAGUACUCUGUAGUGUUGCUAAAGGAGAAAGUAUAGUGAAAUAGCUAAAUAGCUCCUGGACUUCAAGUGACUCUGCAUAAUAUUGAGUGUGAGGUGUGUAAAUAUGUGAAAGAAAAUCAUCACACGAUAUGGGUUACACUUUUUUUCUUCCUCAGAAUUACCUAUUCUGUAAAAAUAUAAUCUUCUCUAUGAAGGUGUGUAUAUAUUUAAAAUGUAUUUGAUACAAAAUGAAAUGUACUACAGCUAAUAUGUAUACCACAGCUAAUGCAAUUACUGUACUGAAUGUAGUUUUCAGUAGACAAGCUUAUGGUAUUGAAUAGAGGUGCCUCAAGUCAAGGGAUAACUGUUCUUGUAAAAUGAUGUAAUUGAAAGUUCACUUUAAGUACUGCAGUCUUUAACAUAAUCACCUGUUUCAGUUUAAAUUCUUGAUUGUCACUUCAGUAUGGAAAAAUGGUAUGGAAAAUAUAGAAAUUUUUAGAUUAUAAGGUGAUUUGUGAUUGGCAACUGUGAUCAAACUCAGCAUGGUGGUAACAGAUAACGUUUAUAUGAUGUUGAAUAGUGUGUACGUCUAUUUUUCAUAAACUGUGUACUUUCUGUAUGAAAAAGAUACCUUUGUUGAUAACUCUAAAUGUAAUGGUGCCUUUAAGGAGUAUAUUGUAACUAAAUGCCUUAUAUGUUAGUGAUUAUGUUGUAUUAUAAAUGAUAGAUUACAAUCAAUAUUUUAGUGUUGUAUAGUCAAUUAAAAGAACAAGCUCAGAUGACCCAUGUACUUACAAAUUCAUAAAAUGAAAAAAAAUCAUUGCUUUCCGUUAUUCGCAUAUCUGUAAGAGCAAAAUUUAAACCCUCAAAAAAUGUAAGAAUUAGUAUAUGCAUUUUAAGGUUUAUAGCUACUAAGCAUAUCCUUAAUUCUGGUGUGUUUCUGAGAGGGCAAUGUAAGUAUUUCUCAGAAAAGAGUUUAAAUUGACAAGAACAUAUAUUAUAUCAUGUACUAUGGACUUACAUUUAUGAAUAGUUUCCAUUACAGAUCGAAUAUUAUUACACUUUUUUAUUAUGUACAGAAGAUAUCAUUGCUCAUUGCUUUCCAUAUUUCAGUCCAAUGGCACAGAUAGAAACUCUGAUUUACAAUUGCCUUUGUAUCAGUAUUAAAUGUCUUCUUUGAUGUAUGCAUCCUGAUUUCUGGUUUCAAGUGCCAUACUGCAAACAUCAUUUAUUUCAUUUCCUUUUCAGCCUUUAUUUUAUGCUGCUUACUCAAUAGUAGUGUUAUUUCCAAAACUCAAGAAAACUUCCUUAUUACUCAAAUAUAUAGACUCCUUA